CGGUGAAGCGUGUCGGAGAGCGGACAUGGGCGCCGACAAUUUCUUAGCGCGCCAAGAGAUUCUCGCCAUCCUCAGAAUCUCUUGACGCGCAGAGCUGCAUUACCGCAUUCACGCGUACCGCCGCCAUGGAUGAUCUCUACGACGAGUUUGGUAACUUUAUUGGGGAGGCCGAGUCCGAUGACGAAGUCCAGACAAAUGGCGACGGGGCGGACGCCUAUGUUCUUGACGACGACGAGCCCGAGGAUGCGGAGGUGAACGAUCAGCAGCUCAUGGAAGUCGACGAUGGCCCUUCAAACGCCGUAAUCCUACACGAAGACAAGCAAUACUACCCAUCUGCGGCGGACGUAUACGGCGACGAUGUCGAGGUUCUGGUGCAGGAGGAGGAUACACAGUCGCUGGCGCAACCAAUUAUUGCGCCAGUUGUGCAGAAGAAGUUCACAGUGCAGGAGGCAGAUCUGCCGCCUGUGCACUACUCGAGAGAGCUGUUGACGGACUUGAUGAACUUCCCAGAUCAGAUUCGAAACAUUGCGAUUGCCGGACACCUGCACCAUGGAAAAACUGCAUUCAUGGAUAUGCUGGUGAUGGAGACACAUGAUAUCCAAGACCGUCUGGAUUACAAAAAGGGCAAGAAGAGGGAGGAGCAGCUGCGAUACACCGACGUACACAUCCUCGAGCGCGAACGAGGCCUCUCGAUCAAGGCCGCCCCGAUGAGCUUGGUCCUGCAAAACACAAAGUCGAAGUCGCAUCUCUUCAACGUUUUGGACACACCCGGACACGUCAAUUUUGCAGACGAAGUUGCAUCGUCUUUACGCCUGGUUGAUGGAGUGGUGCUGGUUGUUGACGUUGUAGAAGGUGUACAGGUGAACACGGAGCAGGUCAUCAAGCAUGCGGUCCUGGAGGAUCUUCCAUUGACCUUGGUCAUCAACAAGAUGGAUCGUUUGAUUCUGGAACUAAAGCUCCCACCCAAGGAUGCCUACUUCAAGAUCAAGCAUGUCAUUGAGGAGGUUAACACAGUCAUUGAGAACACGAUCCCCGGAAGAGGCGAGAGCAGGCGAGUCAGCCCUGAGAAGGGCAAUGUUGCAUUUGCCUGCACCAGCAUGCGAUGGUGCUUUACUAUUCAGUCUUUCGCAAAGAUGUACUCAGACUUCUACCCAGGACCAUCAAAGUUGCCAGGAUUUGGAGUCCCAAUGAAGGGUUUGGAUGUCGAUAAGUUUGCUUUGCGACUGUGGGGCGAUAUCUUCUACAACUCAGGUAGCCGAAAGUUCAGCCGAAAGGCACAAGAGGAGGGCUCACAGCGAUCUUUCGUACACUGGAUUCUCGAGCCAGUCUACAAGCUCUACUCUCAUACGCUUAGUGAGAGCUCGGCCGACCUCAAGGACACAUUGAGCGCACUCGGCAUUCACCUCAAGCCCUCGGAGUACAAGACAGAUGCGAAGGAGCUGAUGCGCCUGGUCUGCCAGCAAUACUUUGGGCCAUCUUCUGGUUUUGUUGAUAUGGUCACCCAACACGUUCCGUCGCCAGCAGAAGGUGCGAAGAGGCUACUUCAGAGGCACUACACUGGGCCUCUGGACUCGAAGACUGCAGAGGCUAUGGAAAAGUGCGACCAGGAUGGGCCUCUUGUUGUACAUGUGACGAAGCUUUUCAACGCCACAGAUGCGAAGUCCUUUACAGCAUUAGGACGAGUCAUGAGCGGUAUUGCCAAGUCGCCGCAAUCGGUGCGUGUUCUUGGUGAGGGCUAUACCAUCGAGGAUGAGGAAGAUAUGGUUGUUGCCACCAUCACAGACACAUGGAUCGCCGAGUCGAGAUACAACGUACCAGUCAGCGGUGUGCCAGCCGGAAACUGGGUGUUGCUGGGUGGUGUCGACAAUUCGAUUGUCAAGACGGCAACAAUCGUUGCAUCGAAGCUUCCCGAUGACGAAGAAGCGUACAUUUUCCGACCAAUCCGCCACUUCUUUGAGUCCGUUUUCAAGGUAGCGGUGGAGCCAAUAAACCCCUCCGAGCUGCCUAAGAUGUUGGAUGGUCUCCGCAAGAUCAACAAGUCAUACCCACUCAUCACCACAAAGGUGGAAGAGUCAGGUGAGCACGUCAUUCUGGGCACUGGCGAGUUGUACAUGGACUGCGUUCUACACGAUUUGCGACGACUGUACGCCGACAUGGAGAUUAAGGUUUCGGAUCCGGUAACGAGAUUCUGCGAGACAGUAGUCGAAAUGUCUGCCAUCAAGUGCUAUGCCAUGACGCCAAACAAAAAGAAUAAGCUCACCAUGAUUGCUGAGCCGCUGGAUCCAGGUAUUGCAGAGGAUAUUGAGGCUGGCAAAGUUAACAUCAAGGAUCCUGUACGCGUGGUUGGUAAGUUUUUCGAAGAGAACUACGGUUACGAUCUCCUCGCGUCGCGUAACAUCUGGGCCUUCGGGCCUGACGACAUGGGUGCCAACAUCCUCCAAAACGACACACUGCCCUCAGAAGUCGACACAAAAACUCUCCGCACUGUCCGCGACACAUUACGGCAGGGAUUCAGUUGGGCGACGCGUGAAGGCCCGCUGUGCGAGGAGCCCAUUCGCAACACCAAGUUCCGCAUUACAGACGUCGAGCUGGCAUCAGAAGCUAUCUUCCGCGGAGGUGGUCAGAUCAUCCCCACCAGCCGCCGAGCUUGCUACUCGAGUUUCCUCAUGGCGAGCCCGAGGUUGAUGGAGCCGGUUUACGCCUGCAGCAUGACUGGUCCCGCUGAUACGAAGAGCAGUUUGUACACAGUGCUUGCCAGGAGGAGAGGACACGUGCUGCAGGACGGGCCGAUUGCUGGUACACCGCUGUAUAACGUGAGGGGACUCAUCCCGGUCAUCGAUUCUUUUGGCUUCGAGACCGAUUUGAGGAUCCAUACACAGGGCCAAGUCUCGCUCUCCCUUGUCUUCGACCGCUGGUCCAUUGUGCCCGGCGAUCCUCUUGACAAGGAGAUCCAGCUGCGACCCCUCGAGCCCGCGACCGCACAAGCACUCGCCAGAGACUUCGUGCUCAAGACAAGAAGGAGGAAGGGUCUGGCUGAAGACGUGACUAUCAGCAAGUUCCUGGAGCCAGAGCUGUUCAGGAGCUUGAAAGAGAGCGGCGUGCUGGACGGUUGAGGCGGAUACUGUAUGAUAUAAAAGUGGCGUUAGCGGCGCAGCGACAACUCGUGAAGCGUGAGUGUCAAAAGCAUGAGCUCGACUGAAUUAUACCCUUUCAAGACAGAAUUGGUGUUUCUGUACUGCGACGCU